UGAAGGCCACAUAUCUUCUCCAGUACGGGUUUUGAGCGUAAGCUUUAACAGAAGCUCUAUUGUAGGCCUAUAUGGUUGGGUUAUCAAGGCGGAACCUUCAAGCUCAAGCACUGGAGCGAUACGGACUGUUUUUGCAGACGCACCGCUGCGCUCAGGAGAGUUUGAACAGUUUAGGAUGGCUCAAGCAGACAGCAGGGCUCUGGCUUUGGGAGUUCUGGCAGGGGCUGCUGGGAUCAGCUUGGCUAUUGUCUGCUUCCGCAAAAUAGGAGCAGGCGGUGGCAGAGUCCUACACCUGAGCAGCAAUGCAGAUCACACGGCAGACAGUCUGGGUCUGCAGACGGGCAAGGCGGAGGUGCUGGAUCAGCUGGGUGCUCUGAUCCAUUGUGUGUCUGAGCUCAAAGAGGAGGUAAAAGCCUUGAAGGAUGCACUUCCACACUUGCAGGACAAUGUCAGAGAUCAGCUGAGGGGCCGGAGCGGAGGCGAUAUCAGUGCUCGCAAAGCAAGUCUACUUCAUCGAACUCCCACUAGGAGAAAAAGAGCAGGUGUCUCAGCUAGAAGUGAAGGACAAAGCUCAGAAGAGGCAGAGAGUGAAGGAGGGUAUAUAACCGCACUGACAGAUUCUGAGGAAGAGGAAAGUGACAAUGACCGACAACCACUGCAGGAACCAGUGGAUGAACUCACUGCUCUGCUGCAGAAAGCAGACCGACUACACAGCUGUAACGGGGCAGAGAAAGCACAAGGCCUGAAUGCUCUGCUGGAGAGGAAAGCAGAGUUUGAUCAGAAGUGCCAGUACCUUUGGCGGUUGUCCAGAGCCUAUGCAGAUGCACAUGAUUUUGCCCUAGACCUUGCAGAGAAGAAGAGCUUUGCUGAGAAUGGGAAAAAAGUUGGUGAAAAGUCGAUUUCCAUCAAUCCACUGUGUGCUGAAGGUCAUCAGUGGUAUGCUAUACAUUGUGGGCUCCUGUCAGAAUAUGAAUCUAUUCAGAAUAAAAUAAAAAAUGGUUAUCUUUUUAAGGAUCAUCUGGAUAAGGCAAUUGAGUUGAAACCUGAAGAUCCUCUGUCAUAUUACUUGCUGGGCCGCUGGUGUUAUGCUGUGAGUGACAGAGCAUUUAAUAUUAGUGUGUUUGGGGAAAUUCAUGACAUUGUGUUAGUUAAAGCCUGA